UGAGUAGUCAUACUGUCUUUCUCUGAUAACAGCCCAUGUUUCUCUUUCUCCUUUUUGCAGAUAACUGUCUGGCCUCAGAACUGUCUUUCCUGUGGGAGCCCAAUGAUGUGAUCGCAGUGAGGGAACGUCCACUCAUGUUGGACUGCCAGGUCCAGGGUGAGGAGCCCGUCAUGAUUACAUGGCGUAAAAAUGGGGUGCCUCUACCCACAAGCUCACGGAUUCGGGUGCUGGCGAAUGGCACAUUGUUCAUCCAGAGCUUCCAGAAACGUAGAGAGGGGAGCGAUGGCGAUAUGGGCGAGUAUGACUGUGCUGCCCAAAAUCGCUAUGGCAUGCUGGUCAGCCGCAAGGCCAAAGUCCUCUUGGCAUCUCUUCCUAAAUUCCACACCCACCCAGUGUCCAUGACUGUGGAUGAGGGAGGCGUUGCUCGUUUCCAAUGUGAAAUCAGUGGAGUACCUGAGGCCAAUAUCACCUGGGAGAGAAACAAAGUACCACUCAACGCCACUGACAGAUACACUCUCUUGCCAAAGGGUAUUCUACAGGUGACAGGUGUGAGGCAGGUGGAUGCUGGGGUUUUCCGCUGUGUUGCCACCAACAUUGCCAACACUCGCUACAGCCACGAGGCAACACUCAACAUCACUGGUGGAGCUCCCAGGAUCUACAAGGAGCCAGUUAUCCUGUCAGGUCCUAAGAAUCUGACCAUUACUGUCCAUCAGACAGCCAUCUUAGAGUGCAUCGCCACAGGAAACCCAAGGCCUAUUGUUUCCUGGAGCAGGCUAGAUGGACGUUCCAUUGGGGUGGAGGGUAUCCAGGUUCUGGGCACAGGGAACCUGAUGAUCUCAGAUGUGUCCCUGCAGCACUCUGGUGUUUAUGUGUGCGCUGCCAAUCGGCCCGGCACCAGAAUGAGACGUACUGCACUUGGACGACUCGUGGUACAAGCUCCUCCCGAGUUUCUACAAUGGCCGCAGUCUGUAUCCAAACCAGCAGGGGGCAGUGCCGUGUUCACCUGCGUGGCCCAGGGCGUCCCUGAGCCUCACCUUAUCUGGCUGAAGAACGGCAAGGUCCUGAGGCCCGGACACAACAUCAAGCUGACCAAUAACAACAGCACUCUGGCUCUGACCCGUAUCAGCUCAGAGGAUGAGGCCAUCUACCAGUGCAUCGCCGAGAACAGCGCGGGCACCAACCAGGCCAGCGCCCGUCUGGCCGUGGCCCAGGCUAAAGACCUGCCUGGCUCCCCAGAAGGUUUCACAGCCAGCGUGCUGUCCACCACCGCCCUGCAGAUCACAUGGAGUGAGCCAUCUGCCAAUGUCACUGACAGCAUCAUCGGUUAUGUCCUGCACAUCCGCAAGAUAGGAGAGCCAGACAGUUUGGAGCUGCAGGAAGCCAUCAGUAAAGGCACUUUCCAACAUGAUGUGACCAAUCUGGAGCCAGCAACCACCUACUCCCUCUACCUGAGGGCCUACUCUCCUCUGGGAGCAAGCCAGCAGUCCCACACUGUGGUGGCUACAACACUAGGGGGCGUGCCGACCCCUCCCACCUUCUUCACCAAGGUGGUGAACUCCAGCAGUGUGCAGGUCCUCUGGGAGCUCCCCAGUAAGGCUGGCAAGGCUGAGGGCUUCAGGCUGUCCUACCGCAGGGUCCCUUACACUGUCUUCCAGGGGCCAAUCCAGCUGCAGUGUCACAUCAAUGCCCACACGCUCACUAAUCUGGAACUGGGUGCAGUGUAUGAAGUGAAAUUGGUGGCCUACAAUGGAAACGGAGAAAGUGACUGCUCGAAGAGACUGGUGUCACUGGCAGAGGAAGGCGUGAGUGACCCAACCACUGGAGGAAACAGUCUGUGUCAGUGCAGGGAUGGAGAGGCCUCUCUGGGCAGCAUCGUCAUUGGCAUCCAUAUUGGCACCGCCUGCAUCAUCUUCUGCGUUCUCUUCCUCAUGUUCGGUUACCGUCGCAGUCUAUUUUGCAGUAAAGGGACUCAGGACAGCUGGUCUGUACCAAGGGAAAACACAGGACACAAUGGCAUCCCUAAAGAUGGAGCAAACCACUCCAGAGGGGAGCCAGUGCCUCAGGUACAGGGGGUCUGUUCAGCACAGUGCCAGGUUGUCAUUGAGCAGCACUUGGCAGGUUUGCCUGGCACAGGCACUGGUUAACACUGGUCAAUGAUAUCAACGCCCCAUCCCUGUCUUCUCCUUCAACAGUAGGGUACUCACUUAGGAACCCCUCACCUCCCAUCAAUGAGCACCUUCUGUGCUCUUUGAUAGGGGUCAGUCAUAGGUUUAGUUAUCCCAAACCCUGCUUCUAAUAACCUGAAAGAAGCCUCCACAAGUCUGUGACAGAAUUCUUGUUGACUGGGAGAGAUCCUGGUCCUUCAGCACCCCACCCCCCUCCUCCACUCCUACUUCAAACCAAAGCUUGUUGCCUUUAUUGCCUGUGCAUAUGCACAUAUGUGUCUAGAAAGUCUUCAAAAAGCAUUGAUUAGCGCAGUACAGAUUAGCAUUCUUUCUGUGUGCACACUAAAAGCACCCAUGUCACUGUUCCAGUGGAGGUCUGUACCAUAACCAAAAUAUUAUAUUUCUCAGAUCUCCACUGGCAAGCUGACAAGUGAAGAUGUGCACCAUGGUUUUAAAACCCACAUUGAACCAACUAUUCAGAGCUAACUGGAACAUUCCAUUUAGUCUGUUGUGACAGAACUCUUGACCUUCCUUUCAGUUCUUCUGCAAUAAGUGAGGGAAGACAUAUAGCGGCCUUUGCAAACGCCUUAAGGAGAUGAGAGUCUGAUUAGAAAUGAUUAUCC